UUUAUCUCAUUGACAAAUUUAUUCUCAUUGACAACAUGGCUCAAACAUUAGACGCACUCGUGCAAGAAUGGCUUUCUGUAGACCAAGUAAGAUAAGCCAGACAACCAUAUGAACUCUGUCUUUUUAAUACUUUCUUUAGAAUGAAGAAACUCGUAACGAGAUUCUCGAACUUCAAAAGAACAAUAACACCGACGAACUUCAAAAACGUCUCUCUACCCGUAUUGAAUUCGGCACUGCAGGUCUUCGUGCUAGAAUGGAAGCUGGGUUUGCUAGAAUGAAUGAUUUGACAGUACUUCAAGCCUCUCAAGGUCUCGCUGUGUAUAUCGAAGAACAUGUCCAAGACGCUAAAGAACGAGGUAUUGUGAUUGGUCAUGAUCAUCGUCAUCAUUCGCUUGAUUUUGCUCGUUUAACUGCUUUUGCCUUUCUUCAACGAGGAUUCAAGGUGUGGUAUUACAAGGAAUUGGUCCAUACACCUUUAGUGCCUUAUACUAUCAAGAAAUUACACGCAGCAGGUGGUAUUAUGAUUACUGCUUCCCACAAUCCCAAGGAUGAUAACGGAUAUAAAGUAUAUUGGGAAAACGCAUGUCAAAUUAUUCCUCCUCAUGAUGAAGGUAUUGCACAAACAAUUCUUGAGAACUUACAACCUUGGGGUUGGGAUAAAGACUUGGUUUCCACCAGUGAUCUUGUCAGUGACCCUACAGACCAAGGUGUGAUUGAUCAAUACUUUGAAGAAGUGAAGGCUUUAUGUAAAUUCCCUAACGACAAUGAGACUACGGGUGUCAAGUUUACUUAUACUGCAAUGCACGGUGUGGGUACCCCCUUUGCUGUCCGUGCCUUUGAUGCAUUCCAGUUACCCCCGUUUGUGCAAGUGCAGGAACAAGUGGUGCCAGAUCCCGAUUUUCCCACCGUCGCUUUUCCUAACCCUGAAGAAGGUAAAGGUGCCUUGAAUUUAGCUAUCCAGACGGCUGAAAAGGCUGGUGCUAAUAUUAUUUUGGCCAAUGAUCCUGAUGCUGAUCGACUUGCCAUUGCUGAAAAGCAAUCAAAUGGCGAAUGGAUUAUCUUUACUGGUAACCAGAUCGGAUCUAUUUUGGGUGCCGCUUCUUUUGAAAAGGCUAUUCAAGCUGGCAAAACUCCUGAUCAGUUAGCCAUGGUGGCUAGUACAGUGUCAUCCAAGUUUUUGGCUCGUAUGGGAGAAGUCGAAGGGUUCAAGUUUGUUGAAUCACUUACUGGAUUCAAAUGGAUUGGUAACACUGCCAUGGAUCUCGAAAAGAGUGGAUUAGAAGUGAUCUUUUCUUAUGAAGAAGCCAUUGGUUUUACCAUUGGUGAUAUUGUCAAGGAUAAAGAUGGUGUCAGUGCAUUAGCUUUCUUUGCUGAGUGGGCCACCCAACUUUAUAAGCGUGGUAUCACUGCCAAUGACUAUUUAGAAGAAUUGUAUGCAAAGUAUGGUUACUUUGUCUCUGAGAAUUCUUAUUUCAUUUGUCAUGACAAGCCCAAGAUUCAAAAGAUCUUUGAACGUAUUCGUUAUGAUGCGGAAGGAAAAUUAGAUUAUCCCAAGACGAUUGGAGGACAUGCGGUGACGGGUGUAAGAGAUUUAACUGUGGGUUAUGAUUCUUCCACUGAGGAUCAUUUACCUACUUUACCUGUAUCUGCUUCUUCUGAGAUGAUCACUUUCCGUUUAGCUAAUAACACAGUCUUUACUAUCCGUACCAGUGGCACUGAACCCAAGAUCAAGUACUAUUCUGAGUUACGUGGUGAAAGUGAGCAACAAGCUAGAAUUGACCUUCAUCAUGUGGUCGAAGCUAUUGCUAAUGAAUUGAUGGAAUAUGAAAAGAAUGGUCUUGAAAAGAAGAAGGAAGAGUAAAUACGACUCUUCUUUUUGUGUGGGACAACCCUCCAAAAAAGGCAACUAAAUUUUUUUAAAUAAAAAAAUAAAAACAUAAUUUUUUUGUUUUCAUUCAUUGAAACAUAAAAAGAA